AGGAGUGGCGUAGAUAUGACUCAUCUGUUCUCAUCUGUAGUUGAUAUUAAUCUAUUUAUUGUAUUUACAAAGUACGGCUACACGCACCUUUCUGCUGGCGACCUCCUUCGAGACGAACGGAAAAGGCCAGGCUCACAGUAUGGAGAACUCAUUGAGAACUACAUUAAGGAGGGGGAAAUCGUACCAGUUGAAAUAACAAUCAGCUUGUUGAAGAGGGCUAUGGAUCAAACAAUGGCUGCAAAUUCCCAGAAGAACAAGUUCUUGAUUGAUGGGUUUCCCAGAAAUGAAGAUAAUCUUCAAGGCUGGAAUAAGACUAUGGAUGGAAAGGCGGAUGUUUCUUUUGUUCUCUUUUUUGAUUGCGACAAUGAGAUAUGCAUCGGUCGCUGUCUUGAAAGAGGCAAGAGCAGUGGCAGGAGUGACGAUAAUCGGGAGAGUCUGGAAAAGAGAAUUCACACAUAUCUGCAGUCUACUAGGCCUAUAAUAGACUUAUAUGAGAGAAUGGGAAAAGUUAGAAGAGUAGAUGCCUCUAAAUCGGUUGAUGAAGUCUUCGAAAAAGUUGUACAAAUAUUUGACAAAGAAGGCUAAUUUCCAGCUUGGAAGAUCGUUUAAAUUUGUGCUUGAAUCUUGCUUGAAUAGCUGCUACUGCAGUCCACACUUUGUAAUUGUUUUAUGUUGGGGUUUUUUUUUGUGUGUUUUUUUUUUCUUUUCACAUAUCAAAUCACAAUUGGAAAAGCAGUUAAUUAAAAAUAGAUCUUUUUUUAAUAGGAAAUCUUUUCUUGUGGCUAUA